UCGGAAUCGGAUGACCUCGGUGAAGAUCAGUUCAAUCACCCUUUUUCCCCCUAGGAACCUGACUAGCAAAGUCUGGUUCGUUCCAUUGCUUAAGUGAAGACGACCCACACUCCCAGGAUAGCCUCGGCUCCUGCCCCAAUUUUCCGUCUCACCCUGUGGACGUGGUCCGGGGUAGUGGCUCAGAUCUCAUGGGGUCACAUUGGAUUUGAGUGGCUCCCUCCCCGGGACUAAAAUCCACUUGGUGAACCGCCGGUCUGACGGUUCGCAAGCACUACUCUUCUGGGUGAUUGACAUGGAACGGAAGGUGCCCUGACGCGUAUCCGUCUUUCUUUGUUCUAUAUCAUCACCUCCUGUCCGGUCUGUUCCUCACCCACUCCCUUCUUCGAGCUAUUCUUUACCUUAGCCUCGCAUAGUCCUUCUUGCGCUAUCCUUAUUCUGCAAAUUUCCCAAGUUGUCGGUCAACCUCCCACAAUGACCGAACAAGCCGUGGCUUAUACUCCAUUGGAGGUCCCUAUUCCCCCGGUUCCGACCAAGGAAAUCUUCUCUGAGCUGCAAUGGACAACUCUCAUGUCAAUAGCGGAUACGGUCAUUCCGUCCAUUCGGGGUCCCACCGCACCCAAAUCCUCUACGGCUAAAGUAAUCCCGCAAUCCAAGUUUGACGCAACCCUCUCCGCGUUAAGUGCGAGUAUCUCGCAUCCCGAUGCAGCUUCCAUAGCGGCGCAGUAUUUGGAAGAAAAUGCCUCGUCCAAUCCCCGUUUUCGCCCGGCCCUACAGCGACUCAUCUCAGAGUAUGUACAUGAAGAAGGAAGAAACGGCCUCAGCUUCAUAUUGAACGCUCUAAAUUCGAAGGCGGGCUCCCUGAUCUUGACGGGCUCUGUAACACCGAUCCAGGACCAGCCAUUCUACAUCCGGGAGAAAAUCUUUUGCAGCUGGGAAACAUCAAGGCUAAAGCCCCUACGUGUCAUCUAUAGAGCUCUUUCCGCCAUAUGCAAGAGGACGUGGCUCACAUAUAGUCCUACGCUUUGUCCGACAAUUGGGUUCCCUCGAGUCCCAGUGCACGGACAGCCCGCCGAUGGCUUCGAAUACGGGUUUCUGCAAUUCCCGUCGAGCGAUGAACCAGAGACCGUCGAGGCUGACGUUGUCAUCAUCGGAAGCGGCUGUGGAGGUAGCGUGACAGCCAAGAACCUCGCGGAAGCAGGCUAUAAGGUUGUCGUGGUGGAGAAGGCUUAUCAAUACUCAACAAAGCACUUUCCAAUGAAUUUCAGCGAAGGAUCUGUGGCUAUGUUCGAAGGCGGAGGUGCUAUCGCCAGCGAUGACGGUUCAAUUGGUAUCUUCGCCGGAGCCACCUGGGGAGGUGGCGGCACCAUCAACUGGUCUGCAGCCCUCCAGACACAAGGCUACGUUCGACAGGAAUGGGCAAAGUCCGGUCUACCAUUCUUCACCUCACUGGAGUUCCAAAACUCCUUGGACCGCGUGUGUGACCGGAUGGGUGUUAGCGCUGACCACACGACUCACAACAAGCAGAACCGUGUCCUUCUCGACGGAGCUCGCAAACUGGGCUAUGCGGCGAAUCCUGUCCCUCAGAACACCGGUGGCACCGAGCAUUACUGUGGCCAUUGCACCAUGGGGUGCCACUCGGCGGGCAAGCAAGGCCCCGCAGAAUCUUUCUUAGCAGACGCUGCCCGUGCCGGUGCGACAUUUGUGGAAGGCUUCCGUGCGGAAAAAAUUCUCUUCACACCAACCAAGGGCGGAAGGGUAGCCUCUGGCGUGGAGGGGACAUGGACCUCUCGGGAUGCAUAUCUGGGUGUGUCCGGAGAGAGUGCUGUGAAGCGCAAGGUGAUUAUCAAGGCUAAGAGGGUUGUCGUUUCCUCCGGCACGCUGCAAAGUCCCCUUCUGUUGUUACGCAGCGGUCUCAAAAACCCCCAGAUUGGCCGUAACCUUCACCUUCAUCCCGUGGUAAUCUCCGGAGCUGUCUUCGAUGAACAGAUUCGCCCGUGGGAAGGCGCUGCUCUGACUGCCGUUGUCAAUGAAUUUGAGAACCUUGACGGGCAUGGUCAUGGGGUCAAGAUCGAAUGCCUCACGAUGAUGCCGCCUGCCUACCUCCCGGCCUUCGCCUGGCGAGAUGGACUGGAUUGGAAGCAAUUUGUCGCCAAGCUCCCCCACAUGACCGGAUUCAUUACGCUCACGAAAGAUCGAGACAGCGGUCGCGUAUACCCCGACCCUGUCGACGGACGAUGCCGGGUCGACUAUACCGUUUCUGCCUUUGAUCGCAAGCAUAUAGUCGAGGCCCUUGUGGCCACGGCAAAGAUGGCAUAUAUCUCCGGAGCAAAAGAAUUUCACACUUCCAGCCGCGAGAUACCCCCCUUUAUCCGCCCUGAAGGUGCGACAGAUCCCGAGUCGCCCGAGGGCACGAACAAUGCUGUUCUUCAGGCAUGGAUUGAUGAAGUCCGGACCAAGACCCUGGACCCCGAGAAGACCGUAUUUGCCGCUGCUCACCAGAUGGGCACUUGUCGCAUGGGCAGCACCCCGCGAACCAGCGUGGUAGACCCCGAUUGUCAGGUCUGGGGUACGCGUGGACUGUAUGUUGUUGACGCCUCUGUGUUCCCCAGCGCCAGUGGUGUCAAUCCCAUGGUAACCAACAUGGCCAUCGCCGAUUGGGCUAGUCGCAAGAUCGCCAAGUCAUUGGACCAGGGGGCAAAGAAAGGGGGUGUUAUGGCGCGUCUUUAACCCUAGCGCUAGCAGCCAUUUGUGAUAACCCCACACUUGUAUAUUUUGAUGGGCUGUGGAUUUGUCCCGGUAUGAAGGUAAUGAGUGACGUCUUAUUCUUAACGGCAUUGUUA